AUGACUAAAUUGCAGGACAUUAUACUUGUACUGUCCGUAUCAGCAGUUGCCAGUGCGUUAGUAGCUACGCCCAAUGCAGAAACUCGAUCGCAUCAGUUGUCAAAACGUAGUCCUGGUAAAGGCUGGGAAAAAUUGAUUGAAGGCAACCCCAAUGAUGAUGGCGAAAGCAAACCAGGGCCAUCAAACAACAAUGAUUCAAGUGAACCAGUACCAUCAAACGACGGCGAUCUAAGCGAGCCAGGGCCAUCAAACGACGAUAGUCUCGAAAGUAGACUGGAGGAUGCUACUCGUAGAAGGGAAGAUAUAUGCGAUAAAUAUCAUAAAUACAGGAAGGAUUUAUUGCGAGAUGCAUCCAAAUUUCAUGGUGAAGAUUUUAUGAUACGUUCCCCAUCUGCUCAAUAUUAUGAUACUCCCAACAUCAACAAAUCGAUUGAAAAAAGAGGUAAAAAGAUGAGAGAGCUAAAACGAGAAUGUAAGGAUGCAAAGCGACAGGAAAAGGACCUAAGAAAAGAGUUUGAAGAGCAACAUGGCAUUAAAUCAGAAGGCAAACUCAAACGAUUAAAAAAGAUGUUUACCAAACACUAA